GGCCCGGGCCCUGCCUUCCCUCAGCGCGCGCCCGGGUGGGGCGGUGAGGGCUGCCCCUGGCCGCGGGGCCGCGCCUGUGAAGGCUUUCGGGGGGUUCGCUUCUUCCCUUGCACCUGGCCUUACCGUUUUGUGAGGAACGGGCGCAGAGACAUUCGCUCUUUCAGCCUGGGGACGGACCCAGUUACGCUGAGCCCCGAUCCCUCUGCUACAAAUCUUUCUGGGCUUUCAAUUUCCCCUUUUUUCCCUUAUUUUUUGACCCACAGUGCAGCUUCUGCACUAGUAAAUGCGACCGUUUUCCCUUUUCUGCCCAUCUUUGAGAUUAAAUUGCUUAUGAAGAAAGAGCUUGCUGUGACCCGAAUGGUUUCAGUUACGGGCACCACACGAGCAAGGACAGCAGACUUUGGUGUACAUUCAGUUUACUGUUACACUUGUGAAGGACAAAGAAGUGCAAAAUAUUCGAGGGGAAAACGAUGAGAACCUGGAUGUGGUAAGAGCAGAACCGACAUUGCCAACAGCCCACUGCCAACAUCUUUCUGUAUUUCAAGACCGCAGUUUUAAACAACGCCUUAAAUUCCACUCGGAAACAACACGGGAAGCGUUUACCAGCCCUCUGACCCCGCCAGCCCACCCCUCCCACCAUCAACGUCCCGAACUGACGGGCCGGCCGCCGGGGCGGGGCCGCUGCGCCUGCAGAGCGCCGCCCCCGGGGCCAGGCGGCACCAACGGCAGGCGGCCUUGUUGCGCGGCCGGCGGGCGGCGCGCCGAUUGGCUGCGUGCGCCGCGUGCGCCGGGAGCCGUUUCCUGCCAUGCGGGCGGAGAUAAGAAGCUCAGCAUAAGUUUGAGACUGCUGGAGUACGAUCUGUAAACUUUGAUGCCUUUCCUAUUGAAUGUUACUAUCUUUUAGAAAAAAUGGUUCAACAAGUUCCAGAAAACAUAACUUUCCCAAAUGAGGAAGAGAAGAUACUGGAGCUCUGGAAAAAUCUGAAUUGUUUCCAGGAAUGUCUAAAGCAAUCAAAGAAUAGACCUAGGUUUAACUUCUAUGAUGGCCCUCCAUUUGCUACUGGGCUACCACACUAUGGCCAUAUUCUUGCAGGAACUAUUAAAGACAUAGUAACCAGAUUCGCUCAUCAGAGUGGGUUUCAUGUUGACAGAAGAUUUGGAUGGGAUUGCCAUGGCUUACCUGUGGAAUAUGAGAUUGACAAGACCUUAGGUAUCAAAGGGCCAGAAGAUGUGGCAAAGAUGGGCAUUGCAGAAUACAACAACCAGUGCAGAGGAAUUGUGAUGAGAUACUCGAAGGAAUGGGAGUUCAAUGUAACCAGAUUAGGACGCUGGAUUGAUUUUGAAAAUGACUAUAAAACUCUCUAUCCUGAGUUCAUGGAGUCUGUGUGGUGGGUUUUCAAGCAGCUGUAUGACAAAGGACUAGUAUAUAGGGGUGUUAAGGUCAUGCCUUUCUCAACUGCAUGUAACACCCCACUGUCCAACUUCGAGUCCCAUCAGAAUUACAAGGAUGUUCAAGACCCUUCAGUGAUUGUGAGCUUCCCGCUGGAUGAAGAUGCAAGUGUCUCUCUUGUUGCUUGGACCACUACUCCUUGGACCUUACCUAGUAAUCUAGCCCUUUGCGUUAACCCGGAAUUGCAAUACGUAAAAUUGAGAGAUAAUGCCACAGGAAAGAUUUACAUCUUGAUGGAAUCCAGGCUUAUAGCCCUAUACAAAUCUGACACAGAAUAUGAGAUACUGGAGAGGUUUCCUGGCAUUACGCUUAAAGGCAAAAAAUAUAAACCGCUCUUUGAAUAUUUCAUACAGUGCAAAGAUAAAGGUGCCUUUACUGUGUUAGUGGACAGUUAUGUGAAGGAGGAGGAAGGCACAGGUGUUGUCCAUCAGGCCCCCUAUUUUGGUGCUGAUGACUACAGAGUCUGUGUGGAUUUUAAUAUAAUUCAGAAAGAUUCAGUGCCAGUUUGUCCUGUUGAUGCAUCAGGCUGCUUCACGGCUGAAGUGACUGACUUUGCUGGACAGUAUGUGAAGGAUGCAGAUAAGAACAUCAUUAAAUUACUGAAGGAGAAAGGCAGACUGGUUCACAGCAGUAGUUAUAAGCACAGCUAUCCUUUCUGCUGGAGGUCAGAUACUCCAUUAAUAUACAAAGCUGUGCCGAGCUGGUUUGUAAGAGUAGAGCACAUGGUGGAGAAGCUACUGGAGAAUAAUGCACAAUGUUACUGGGUUCCAGAUUUUGUGAGGGAGAAGCGUUUUGGGAACUGGCUUAAAGAUGCACGAGAUUGGGCUAUAUCUAGAAACCGGUACUGGGGAACGCCCAUCCCGUUGUGGGUCAGUGAUGAUUUUGAAGAGGUGGUUUGUAUUGGUUCAAUGGCAGAAUUGGAAGAGCUGUCAGGAGUGAAAGUCACUGAUCUCCAUCGAGAAAGUAUUGAUCAUCUGACAAUCCCUUCACGCUGUGGAAAGGGCAUAUUGCACCGGGUCCCUGAAGUUUUUGAUUGCUGGUUUGAGAGCGGAAGUAUGCCUUAUGCACAAGUGCAUUAUCCAUUUGAAAACAAAAAAGAACUCGAGGAUGCUUUCCCUGCUGACUUCAUUGCUGAAGGCAUUGACCAAACCCGAGGAUGGUUCUACACUUUGCUGGUGCUGUCCACUGCUCUUUUUGGAAGGCCUCCUUUCAAGAAUGUAAUUGUAAAUGGCCUAGUUCUUGCCAGUGAUGGUCAAAAAAUGAGCAAAAGGAAGAAGAAUUAUCCUGAUCCAAUGGCUAUUGUAAAUAGUUAUGGAGCUGAUGCACUAAGGUUAUACCUUAUCAAUUCUCCUGUGGUAAGAGCAGAAAAUUUGAGAUUUAAGGAGGAAGGAGUAAGGGAUAUACUGAAGGAUGUCUUCCUGCCCUGGUACAACGCAUACCGCUUUCUUGUUCAGAAUGUUCAGAUCCUGGAACAUAAGGAGGAGGGAAGAGAAUUCCUUUACAAUGAGAACACAGUUAAGGAGAGCAAUAACAUCAUGGAUAAAUGGAUUCUUUCUUUCACCCAAUCACUCAUACAGUUCUUCAAAGCUGAAAUGGCAGCUUACAGGCUGUAUACUGUAGUCCCUCGAUUAGUGAAGUUUGUAGAUAUUCUGACCAACUGGUAUGUUAGAAUGAAUCGCAGAAGACUAAAGGGUGAGAAUGGGACCGAAGACUGCAUUAGGGCCCUGGAAACCUUGUUCAGUGUUUUGUACUCCAUGUGCAGACUUAUGGCACCAUAUACUCCAUUCAUCACUGAACUGAUGUACCAGAACCUGAAGACGCUUAUUGAUCCAGCCUCAGUACAGGAAAAGAAUACUGAAAGCAUACACUACCUCAUGCUUCCCCAAGUGAGGGAGGAUCUGAUCGACAAAAAAAUUGAAAGUGCGGUUUCUUGUUUGCAGUCUGUUAUUGAGCUUGGACGAGUAAUCAGAGACAGAAAAACCAUUCCAGUAAAGUAUCCUCUGAAAGAAGUAGUUGUUAUCCACCGGGAUCCAGAGGCACUGGAAAACAUCAGCUCUCUGGAGAAGUACAUACUUGAGGAGCUUAAUGUACGUCAAGUGACAUUAUCUACUAACAAAGAUAAAUACGGAGUCCGGCUGAGAGCGGAACCAGAUCACAUGGUGCUUGGGAAGCGCCUGAAAGGCGCAUUUAAACUUGUCAUGGCUGCAAUCAAAGAGCUGAAGAGUGAGCAACUGGAAGAAUUCCAGGAGACAGGCACCAUUGUUGUAGAAGGACAUGAACUUCAUGAGGAAGAUCUUCGUCUCAUGUAUACCUUUGAUCAGGCUGCAGGAGGAUCUGCCCAGUUUGAGGCACAUUCCGAUGCUCAGGUUUUAGUUCUGCUAGAUGUUACCCCAGACCAGUCCAUGGUGGAUGAAGGAGUUGCCCGGGAAGUGAUUAACCGCAUUCAGAAGCUUCGCAAAAAGCGAAAUCUGGUUCCUACAGAUGAGAUUACAGUGUACUACAGAUCAUAUCCAGAAGGUGACUACUUGGAUACUGUUAUUAAGGAACAUACAGAUUUCAUUCUUGCAACAAUAAAGGCUGCCCUAAAACCUUACCCGGUGCCUACCUCAAAAGAAGUUCUCAUCCAGGAAACCACCCAACUGAAGGGAUCAGAACUACAGCUUACACUUGUCAGAGGUGGUGUGUGCCAGUGUGUUGGUCCAGCCUGUGCCUAUGUCAACCUCAAAGUUUGUGCUAAUGGGACAGAGCAAGAUGGUGUGUUGCUGUUGGAAAAUCCAAAAGGAGAUAAUACCUUGAACUUCACUGGACUUGUAGAUGCUGUCUCCUGCAUUUUUGGUCUUAAAAAUUCAAAACUGACAGUUUUUAAUGGAAAAACAGAACUGAUAAAUAAAACUGACUUGCUUACUCUCAGUGGAAAGACUCUACAUGUGACAACAGGGUCAGCACCUGCUGUGACCAACUCUCCUGAUGCUCUUCUCUGCCAGUAUAUCAACUUGCAGUUAGUAAAUGCAAAACCACAAGAAUGUCAGAAAGGAACAAUGGGAACUCUUCUAAUGGAAAACCCUGUUGGUCAGAAUGGAUUAACGUACCGAGGUCUUCUAUACGAAACAGCAAAAGUUUUUGGGCUCAGAAGCAGGAGGCUAAAAUUGUUCCUGGAUGAAGCACAAACUCAGGAGAUCACAAAGGACGUCUCCAUGAAGAACCUGAACAUGAAGACUGUAUAUGUUCGUGUUAUACCCACCACAGCUGAAUGUUGAGGAUUCCACUUCUAUGAAUAAGACCAUGUAGACUUUUUUCCACAAAAAUGAAUUUUAAUUGGAUUAGUAUGCUUUUAGAUUAACAUCCAAGUUGUGUAUGGUACUUUUAACAUCUCAGAUUGCACACAGGAUGUUUUCUACCAGUGCAUGUCUAAUAUGCUGCUCUUUGGUUUCAAAUACAAUGUAUUUUCAUUGUUACCUUACAAUAUUGUAAAAGCUGUUCAAAAAAAAAAUGUCCAAACUCCUUAACCCUAGAUAUCUAUGCAGUAAUUUGCCUGAAAGAAAUGGGACUAGUACCUCAGUGAUGCUGUUCUCUGCCUGUCCUUUAUGCAGGGGGCAUCUUUGAUUUUUCUAAACCAUGGGUUACCUACAAGGCUCUAUGAUGUGUACACCAUAUUACAAUAGCUUUGAAACUUGCUUAACUUGAAUGGUUACCCAAAUGUGUUCAUUCAUACUAGCUGGAUUUUCAUGAAGUGUGUGGUUGUUGAUUUAAAAUGCUCCUUACCUUCAGUUGUUGGAACAAUAAAUUUGCUUCAUCUCCAAA